ACGAAUCUCCCUCUCUCUAUCACUUGACACUUUCAAUAUACACUCAUCAUGACUACCGAAGAGAAAGAGAUCCUCGCCGCCAAAUUGGAAGAACAAAAGAUCGAUCUUGAUAAACCCGAAGUUGAGGACGAUGAUGAUAACGAAGACGAUGACUCCGAUGACGAUGAUAAGGAUGAUGACGACGCUGAGGGACUAGAUGGAGAGGCAGGAGGUAAGUCAAAACAAAGCAGAAGUGAGAAGAAGAGUCGCAAAGCCAUGCUGAAGCUCGGGAUGAAACCCAUCACUGGUGUUAGCCGAGUCACCGUCAAAAAGAGCAAGAAUAUCUUGUUUGUCAUAUCAAAACCUGAUGUGUUCAAGAGCCCUGCAUCAGACACAUAUGUGAUCUUUGGAGAGGCGAAGAUCGAGGACUUGAGCUCUCAGAUCCAGUCGCAGGCAGCAGAGCAAUUCAAGGCUCCAGAUCUCAGCAAUGUGAUCUCAAAGGGUGAGUCGUCGAGCGCUGCAGUAGUUCAGGAUGAUGAGGAGGUGGACGAGGAAGGUGUUGAGCCAAAGGACAUUGAAUUGGUGAUGACUCAAGCAGGAGUGUCUAGGCCUAGGGCAGUAAAGGCUCUCAAGGCUGCAGAUGGAGAUAUUGUCUCUGCCAUCAUGGAGCUUACCACCUAAACCAAAAUCUUUUCUACUUUUAAGAUGUGGUUUAAUCUGAGUUAUGUGCCAGAGAUUGUCCAGAGAAUUCGGAAAUUUUUGGUUUCAAUGUUUUUCUUGAAGUGGUUUUGAAUGUUGUAUCAGUAUAAACCUCAUAAGUUAUU